AUGGCUCCACGUAGCUGGGCUCUGCUCAGCGGCCACAACCCUGGCAACCGUCUCGACCGGCGGGCUAAACCAGGUGAGGGGGUCCUGUGCGCUGUGACGUGUGCACAGGGUUUGCGGAUUCCGCUGGAUGGAAGGUCGGAUGGAACCUUGCGUCGGCACCGUCGUGACGUGGUUCGUCUCUGCACGCCGCUGGACAGCCGGUGACGGGAUGGAUCUCCUCAUCGACAUCGCCUGGACGCGCCUACCUACGCCGUCGCAGACCGCGGCUUACGGCGAAUUCGAGUCGCUCUCCACUACAACCCGAAGUCGUGGUCCCAUAGUGGAGUUCGGCCGUGCCACAACGGCCCAUGGCAGCCCUAUCCAGGGAUGGCACUGCCAGCUCCCACGAGGGCAAGGGCCUAGAAAAGGUGGCCUAAACACUGCUGGGCACCACGCCGUCUUCAGGCUAGCCAGGGCCGCAGACGUCUCAUCAUGGUCGAAACAAUCAAAAUCGAAAAAACAACAAUAACAAUAACAACAACAACAAUACUCGCUCACCUCCUCAUUCUACCUCUUCUUUCCCUUCCUCUGCCUAUUCUUCUGCCUACUCUUCUCCUUCGCCAUCUUCUUCUCCACCUCCUUCCCGUCGCCCCACUCGCUGUCCCCAGACUGGCAGGGUGAGCCCGCUCACUCUGGCAGCCUGGAAUGAUCGUUCCCUUUUAGACAAUCCGAGGAACAACCGACCGGAACGGAGGACGGCGCCAGUGGCACGGAAACUGACGCGCUACAAGGUGGACAUCGCCGCACUCGGCGAGACCCGAUUCUCCGAACAAGGCCAACUGGAGGAGGUGAAUGCCGGCUACACCUUCUUCUGGAGCGGUCGACCCAGGGCAGAGCAACGGGACGCGGGUGUCGCCUUCGCCAUUCGGAACGACAUCGUGGGACGACUGCCCUGUUUGCCGCAGGGCAUCAACGAUCGCCUGAUGAGCCUCCGUCUGCCUCUCUGGGGAGGCAAAUUCGCCACCAUCAUCAGCGCCUACGCUCCGACGAUGACCAACCCCGACGCCGUCAGAGACAAAUUCUACGAGGACCUGCACGCCCUCUUGGCGACUGUGUCGAAGGCGGACAAGUUGAUUGUCCUUGGUGACUUCAACGCCCGCGUCGGCACAGACCAUACUGCCUGGAGAGGAGUGCUGGGUCCCCACGGUCUCUGCGGCUCAAACGACAAUGGUCUGCUGCUUCUCCGCAUCUGCGCAGAACACCGCCUCAUCCUGACGAACACGUUCUUCUGUCUGCCGGAGCGAGAGAAGGCCACCUGGAGGCAUCCUCGGUCGCGCCAUUGGCACCUGCUGGACUACGUCCUCGUCCGGAGGCGAGAUCAGCGGGACGUGCUGGUGACAAAGGCGAUUACGGGCGCUGAAGGGUGGACCGACCAUCGCCUCGUCAUAUCGACGAUGCGUAUUCGCCUACAGCCUCGCAGGAGACCACAAGGUAAGCGACCCCCAGGUAAGCUGAAUGUUGCCUUGUCGUCUUUGCCUGCUCACCAUCUUCAUUUAAGCAAUGAGCUUGCUCAACGGCUAGACAACCUUCCUAUCGCUGCCACCGACGACGCCGCCGCUGCCGAGAACGCCUCCGUGGAGAACCGCUGGUGUCAACUGCGAGACACGGUCCAGUCGACGGCGUUCGCCGUCCUCGGUCGCGCUCCCCGUCAAAAGCAGGACCGGUUCGACAACAACGACGCCGCCAUCAGAAAUCUGCUUGCUGAGAAGAACCGCCUACACAAAGCCUACGUAGAUCACCCCACUGAUGCCACCAAAGCUGCCGUCUACCGCAGUCGCCGCCAACUGCAGCAACGACUCUGCGAGAUGCAGGACGCCUGGACUGCUCGCAAAGCUUAG